AAAAACACACCAUUUUCACCCAGCCUGAUCUCUCUCUCUCUCCGCCACAAUUCGCCGGAAAAGUAAGAUGGCAACUGGUGGAAAAGUGUCAUUCAAAGUCACCCUGACUUCGGACCCUAAGCUUCCUUUCAAAGUAUUCAGCGUGCCGGAGGGAGCUCCGUUCACGGCGGUUCUGAAAUUCGCAGCAGAGGAGUUCAAGGUUCCUCCUCAAACCAGCGCCAUCAUCACCAAUGAUGGGAUCGGGAUCAAUCCUCAGCAGAGUGCAGGAAACGUGUUCUUGAAGCAUGGAUCUGAACUAAGACUCAUCCCGCGUGAUAGAGUUGGAGCUGCGUUUUCUAAUUGAUCCCAUGAUUUGCUGGCAGUAAAGCAAUAACGAGUGAAACUAUAUGACGUACUUUUAAAAGAAAUUAAAAAAAAAAAAAACCGAGCAUAUUGAAGUGGUUAAUGUACAACCUUUUUUUU